AACUAUCCGUUACGUUCGUUACACCGGUUGGAGUGGGGAGAGACAGGAGAUGGUGGUGGUGGGGAUAGUGUCGGUAGUGAUGGAAGGGGAAGGAACGGUGAACGGUUAACGUCAGUACGAAGAAGUUCGCGCGCUCUUCCGUAUCUCCUCUUCUUUUCUCCUCUUGCGCGGUGUGUUUGUCUGUCUACUAUGUGUCGUCGUGUAUAUGUAUCUGUCAUGUUGUGUGUGUAUGCGUGUACUUAGUUAUCUAUCUAACGGGUCGCCGAUAAACGUCGUUGUAACCGGCUCUUAGCAUCCGAUCGAAAACGAUCUUCUACACGUUUUCAUGACACAUUUCGGUGCUUUUUACGAUCUUUUUCUUCACACUUUUUGUAUUUAAAAAAAAGAAAAAGAAAAAGAAAAACGAGAAGAAAGAUUUGUAGCAACGAAACGAAUUAUAUCCGAACGUUCUUUUUCCUCGAUUUGAUCUUUUUUCUUUUCGAUUUCGAUCUUUCUUUUUUCUUUUUCUUUUUUUUUGAUCUUCGUUAUACGGACAAAUGGAUUACAUACAUACGGAGCGAUAUUGUGAAAAUAUAUUUUUGUUUCUCAACGAUACGAUGUGAAACGUAAGCAAAGGAGUUCGAAGACAUCGCGGGAGAGAGAGAGAGAGAGAGAGAGAGAGAGAGAGAGAGAAAGAGAUAGAGAGAGAGAAAGAGAGAGAGAGAGAGAGAGAGAGAGAGAGAGAGAAAGAGCAGUGCCAUCCCUCGGAUCAGGAAGCGUUUUCCAAGGCCACGUGGACCACGUUGGGAGCCCCCACAAAAUAUGUGCCAGUAUGUCCGAGAGAGGCAUGCAAGAAGCAGCUUGCGAGGAUAUCGAGAAACAAGCUUCUCUUUACGUGUUCCCGGGAGUUUCACGUCAACAACAGCAACAGCAACAACAACAAUAUCAGGGAAAUAUUAUACCAUCCCUGCAACUUGCACCAUUAUCAGUUGGUUCCAUGAGAAGCAACGAUGUUGGAGAGAUCAAGGAUAUCGAAGAUCCUUCGUCUCGAUUAAGAAGAAGACCAUAUUCGAAGACCCAUGCCAGAUCAGCCAGUCAUGGAGGUGUCCUAGCGAGUUCAAGCGUUACACCAAAUCCAGCAACAUAUCAAACAUCUUGGCAAACGCCCUGGCCAACUGGUGGAUCUUAUUUAGGUCCUUUACCAACGUUAACCGGUCCGGUUCGCCCGUCGGCAUUGAAAAAACCAGGACAUCAGAGAGCGUUCAGUCAAGGACAGGUCGUAGAUGUUCAAAGUCAACUUCCUGUUUCGGGACACAGUCGUGUUGGCUCGAGAACAGAUUUUAUUUUGCCUCCUGGCCACAGAGAGGAAUCACGGCCAUCUACCGCUGGAAAAGUGCCCUCCUUUCGUGGACAUUCCAGGCAAGCAUCCAGAUCGGAAUCAAUCUAUACAAUAAGACGUAGCGCAGCGCCGCCAUUAUGGAGAAGAAUUUGGUCACGUUAUUUCGGACCUUUACCAGAAGAGCCUCGAUUAAGGACCAUAGUACCUAAUCAUUUGGUACCACCUCGUACUCCAAAAAGUCAGCAUCCAAAUGGUGGAAGGAUGAACAAUAGGGUAAAGACAACGAAAUAUACGAUCCUGAACUUCAUUCCACGUAACCUGUUCGAACAAUGCCGGCGUGUUGCUAACUUAUAUUUUAUAUUCAUCGUUCUACUUAAUUGGGUACCAGAUAUCAAUGCAUUUGGAAAGGAAGUGGCGAUAAUACCAGUUGUUUUUGUAUUGGGGGUGACAGCCUUGAAAGAUAUUUUUGAAGAUCGAAGAAGGUCGACAAGCGAUCGUAGAGUCAACAAUUCAACUUGUCGCGUUUAUGUUGGGGAAGGUGGUAGAUACAUGCAGGUUGCAUGGAAGGACGUAAAGGUCGGUGACCUGGUACACCUUUCAAACAACGAAGUAGUCCCAGCAGAUCUAUUACUUCUCCGCAGCAGUGAUCCUCAGGGUUUAGCUUAUAUCGAUACCUGUAAUCUAGAUGGCGAAACGAAUUUGAAGCAGCGACAGGUUGUACGUGGUUUUUUCGAAUUGCGAGAUACAUUUCAACCUGCCAAAUUUCGUUCGAUGCUCGAGGUUGAUCAACCCAGUACUAAGAUAAAUAGGUUUCAUGGUGCUGUAGUUCAUCCAAAUGGCGGGAGAGUACCAGUUACAAUCGAUAAUUUAUUACUCAGGGAAUGUUUGUUAAAAAAUACAGACUUUAUAGAAGGUAUUGUGGUCUAUGCUGGACAUGAGACCAAAGCUAUGCUCAAUAAUGGUGGACCAAGGCACAAGCGUUCACGUUUAGAGAAAAGGAUGAAUUGCGACAUAAUAUGGUGCAUGGCAAUCCUAAUAAUACUGUGCAUGAUCGGUGCGAUCGGUUAUCGAUUAUGGUUGUCGUCAUUAUCUACGACAAUUUCGAUCCCGUUUCUUCCGGUGUUACAAGAUCCUAAUUACGAAAGUAUGAUUACUUUCUGGACGUUUAUUAUAAUCCUACAAGUGAUGAUACCUUUGAGUUUGUACGUAACCAUAGAGAUGGCUAAAAUCGGACAGAUAUAUCACAUAGGUCGUGAUAGUUUUUUGUAUGACAAAGAAACCGGACGUAGAGCUGAGUGUCGUGCGUUGAACAUUACUGAAGAAUUAGGUCAGGUUCAGUACAUAUUUUCGGAUAAGACUGGAACCUUGACGGAGAACAAGAUGUUGUUUAGAAGAUGUGCAGUAGGUGGACAAGAUUAUGCUCAUGAAGGAGAAGGUGAAAGUUUAAUGCCUUGUCCAAGAUUAAAAGAAGAUUUGCUCAUUGGUACCUUUAGACAUCGCUUGCAAGAGUUCCUUAUCGUCUUGGCAACUUGCAACACAGUUGUGGUCAAUUCUCAACCGCAUCAUGAUAUUAUGAACUCAAGUGGUCUUAUCGAGGAACCGCAUAAAAAUGGUAGUGCACCAACUAGAUACGAGAGAUUGUCCGAGUCCAGAAGCGUGACUCCAUCACCGUCACCUUCUAUACCACCUACUAUACCAGCAUUACCAAUGCCUACACCACCUCCAAGUAUAACAGCUGAUAAUUCAUCACCGAUCUCAUCGAUCAUCGAUUCAGCUGCUGUCCUCAACGAUACACCUAAAUUACAAUCCAAAAUGGCUAGGUUACCACGUGUUUGCAGGCCGAAAUUAUUGAAUGUAACGUCGAUACCAAGCUUAAGUUUGGGAUUGUUAUCGAGAAAGCAAUCGCCAAACGGUGGACAGAAAAGGCGUAAUCUGUUGAGUCCAAUAUUCGAUAUGAGCGGAAGGUCAGUCGAACAGCUGACACCAACGCCAGCCAUUUACGAAGCCGAAAGUCCCGACGAGUUGGCAUUGGUCAAUGCAGCAAGAGCUUACGAUGUUAAAUUACUCAAACGUACACCUCGCAAUACUAUAAUUUCAUUGCCAGACAAGUCGAUUCUAAGUUAUGAGAUAUUAUAUGUUCUACCAUUCGACUCCAGUAGGAAGUGUAUGUCAGUUGUAGUACGUCAUCCGUUAACCAGUGAAAUCAUUUUGUAUAGCAAAGGAGCAGACACUACGGUGUUAGCGUCAUUGACAUCAAGCGAUGAAAAUUCUAUGACAUCAGCUAAGAUCAGGCAACAAUUAAAUUCUUAUGCACGUCAAGGUCUUCGUACAUUGGUAAUGGCAAGAAGAUCGUUGACCCAACAGGAAUAUGAAACUUGGCGUGAAAAACAUUUGGAAGCUGAAUUGGCUAAUGAAAAUCGCGAACGUCGUAUUCGCGACUCUUACGCUAAUCUAGAAAAUCAUAUGACAUUGCUCGGUGCAACUGGUAUAGAAGAUAAAUUGCAACCUGGUGUACCAGAAACCAUCGCUGCUCUUGUUAACGCUGGGAUUAUAGUUUGGGUUUUAACAGGCGAUAAGCCAGAAACGGCAGUGAACGUUGCUUACUCAGCAGGUUUAUUUUCACCGGCGAUGCAACUGUUGCAGUUGCAAACGAGGUCUAAAUCAGUCGCGGAAACUUUGAUACGUGGUUAUUUGGAAUCAGCUAAAAGAGAUAAUCUAAUAACCGAAGGAAGAAUAGAUAAUCGUAACGAGGAUGGUAUUGCCAUGUACAGUUACGAUUUAACAGAAAGGGAUGCUCAUAGGAUAGGUAGUCCAUGGCCAAGGAAACGUGCACUUGUAGUUGAUGGUAAAACGUUGACCGUCAUACUCGAUCCAAGAUCUGGUUUAACAGGUCCGUUCCUUGAAUUAACAAGAACCUGUUCCAGUGUACUUGCUUGCAGAGCUACACCGCUACAAAAGGCUUAUAUAGUACGUAUAGUGAAGGAACAAUUAGGAAUGAGAACAUUAGCUAUAGGCGAUGGUGCUAACGACGUGAGCAUGAUACAAACAGCUGAUGUUGGUGUUGGUAUAUCUGGUCAAGAAGGUAGACAAGCGGUCAUGGCCGCUGAUUUCGCUAUUUGCAGAUUUUACAUGCUGAAUAGACUUUUAUUAUUACAUGGACACUGGUGUUACGACAGAUUGUCCAGAAUGAUAUUGUAUUUUUUUUAUAAAAAUGCCACUUUCGUAUUCCUCAUCUUCUGGUUCCAGUUUUAUUGUGGUUUCUCCGGUGCUGUAAUGAUAGACCAAAUUUAUCUGAUGUUGUACAACCUGUUGUUCAUUUCUUUACCACCACUUGUACUAGGUGUAUACGAUCGAAUAACAACACCUAGUAUUUUACUUUCCAUGCCAGAACUUUAUAAAAGGGGACGACUCGGAUUAGUUUAUCGACCCUUUUCCUUUUGGAUCACUAUGGCUGACGCCCUUUACGAGAGCAUCGUCAUAUUUUUUACGAUCUUCAUAACUUACUACGAUACAACCGUUGAUAUCUGGGAAUUUGGAACGACCAUAACUACGGCAUGCAUAUUUUCAAUGCUAUUACAUGUAUCGAUAGAAACUAGAUCUUGGACGAUAAUUCACGUUGUCGCUAUAAUGGGAUCGCUCUUAAUUUACAUGGGAUUCUGUUUGAUAUACAAUGCUUUUUGUAUUAAUUGUAUGGGUUUGCCAGGUUCAUUUUGGGUAAUGGAAAUGGCAAUUAAAAGGCAUACUUAUUGGCUCUCUGUGAUAUUAACUUCGGUACUUGCUGCACUACCAAGAUUGGCGUAUAGAAGUGCGAGAUCAACUUUGGUACCUGAUAUGAUACACCGUGCAACUAUUGCGGUUUCGAAAACUCAGGGACGUAGAGAGAGAAUCGUUGAAAGGGGUAAUUCGAGUUUUAUCACUGAUUGGUCACGUUCGACACAAUCGAAUUCUACUACCAGGCCAAGAAGUUAUGGGAAUCAGAACGACGCAUUGACGACCAUCGUUGCGUGACAACAAAUUUCGAAUAAAAUCAAGACCAAGACUGUUUAUCGCUUUACGUCGAUAAUAACUGCCAAGGCGACUACCAUAAUAAUCGUCGUUCGUAUUUUCAAAAUGUGAACUUUGAAAUUUUCGUAUCUACCUAAGUUGUUGCUCUCGAAGUAGCAGAAAAAAAGAGGAGGAAAAAAAAGACGAGUAUUGAAAAGAUUUACUUAAACCGUCGAUAUAAUCAACAACGUUGGAGCGGCGUGGAAUUUUUUUUUCUUUUUUUUUUUUACGCACUCCUUUACCGUUCUUUUACUGUUUAAUCUCACAGUUUUUUUUUUUUUUUUUUUUAAUUACUUCUUUAUUUAUUUUAUUUUUUUUUUAACAUCACUUAAUAUCUAUCAAAUUGAGGUGGCCUUAAACAAAAAAAAAAAGAGAAAAGGAGGGAAAAAAAAAGAGAAAAAAUAUCUUAGACUCCUUAUUCGUUGCAUUUCAAGGCUGUGAAUUUUUAGGGACCAAGACUGUCUUAAUAGUCAAAUUCUUAAAUGUCGAUCGGCAAGAGGGGAAGGGAAGGGGUAGGUUAAGGUAGGGGAGAGGAGGGUUAGAGAGGAAACGAAAAAAGCAAGCGAGUGAAAGUAAUCUCGGCUUUGAGUAAUAUUUACUGUGCGUGUGUGUGUAUGUACGUAUGUAUGUAUGUAUGUAUGUAUGUAUGUAUGUAUAUAUGUAUGUAUGUAUGUAUGUAUGUAUGUAUGUAUGUAUGUAUGUGUGGGUGUGUUUAUAGAAACAUAGUCGGUCGACAUACUUACGAUAAUAUUGCAAAUAGUAAAAGUGUGAAUAUAUAAAAUUGUUUCAAGACACUUACAAAUGUACAUUAUAUACAUAUAUGAACACACACAUAUGUGUGUAUGCUUGUUGUCUUGUUACUAAAUAUGCCAUUAAUUUGUUACUAUUAUAAUUAUUAAAAGAAAUAUGCGUGAGAAAAAUAUGUAAGUGUAUAUACAUUAUAUAUAUUAUAUAUUAUAUAUUAUAUAUUAUGUAUACAUGAUGUGUGUGUGUGUGUAUGUGUAUGUACAUAUAUAUAGUAUGUAUACAAAUAUGUUACAUAUGUGUAUAUAGAAAAGUGAAAGAAAUUUUAUCGUUUAUUAUAUAUAUAUAUAUACACAUACAUACAUAGAUACAUACAUAUAUAUAUAUAUACACAGAUAGAUAGAUAGAUAGAUAGAUAGAUAUAAAACAAGAGAAAUACAUAAUACAAUAUUUCAUGUUGCCGACAACACAAUGCACGUGCUGGCAUAGUAUUUUGAUAAAAAAAAUGUGAAUUCAAGAUGGUGGAUCUUGAAUGAUAAUUACAAUAAUAAUGAUAAUCAAUGAUGUUGAUAAUGAUGAUGAUAAUGGAGACGUAAAAGGGUGAGAAAAAAAGGAAAAAAAACAAACAAAAAAAAUAACCAAGAUGCGUUCCUGAGAAAAAUAA